AUGACUUUGCCGUCUGCACCCAUACCUCCAACUCCUUCUCAAGACUCGAGUCUUUUACUAAUAGCUCUGACGCUUUUUGGAAUAAUAGUGCUCUGUCAAACACUUUACAUAAUUUAUAUGAAGCGCCAAAAGUUUGCAUGUUCUUGCAGAGAUAUUUCUAAACGUCCACCUUAUCCUUUGCCACCGGAAGUGUACGACUAUGUUGAUGCUUCUGAACAGGGUGUUACGAACAAUACAUUCAACAUAGCCGAUGAAAGGACCCCCAAUCCUGCUAGGAAAAUUCCACAAGCUCUUCUGGUUAAUCUAUUUCGCACCAUCAGGUGGCUGGUCUACUCCAGUACUCCUUAUAUUAUAAAAUCCUUUAUGGAAUGCCUUCACAAAGACGACUAUCAAAGCCUACUCACCGCAGCCGCCGUGAGAGACUUGGGUUUCAAGCGCCUAAGACUGUCCAUGAAAGGACUACACCUAAAAUUGGUAGGAAGCUACCACCACCACCGAAAGAUGUUUGAGCAAUUGAAAUCAGUUCUCGAUGCUAUUUCAAAUGCUAACACGAAUACGCCGACCGACGCUGGACCUAAACUUAAAGUGUAUAGAAAACACAGUAGCAGCAGUCCUAGAGGAGCUUCUGAUGGAAUUGGUUGUAGUCGUUUGAGAAGAGUUAUGCGAGGAAAAGACCGCGGCGAUAUAUCCAAGUCCACAAGAUUCUCGAGAAACCACCUGAGCUGCGCAUGGAGAAACAAUAAAUGCAGAGACUUUUAUGUCUUCGUCGUGGAUCCUACUGAAUUGGCACGCCGUGACUUGCAAUCGAGUUCCUACCGGUCAGAACAUUGUCGAGAACGCUGUUAUUACUACUACGCAGACUCGGAAACAUACUGCUUAGAGUAUGAUCGAGAGUUCUGCUCACAUCUUUAUGAAGACUGCGAACUGACGGAAGACGCCGUGGUGGCGGUAACAGUAUCCGCUAUAGCUGCAACUGCAGUGGCGCUAUUGGUUAAUGGCCCUCUGUUGAAGGACGCAGCCGUAUUACCGGAGAGAGCAGCAACAGAAAAAGAAAAUACGGGCAAACUCCGGAGUAGUUUUCCAAGUCACAUUAAUUGUUAUAAGUUUAGUUUAGAUUAA